AGGCAAAGCUUACUUUGCCCCGGCUUGCUGAUGGCCUGGCCGCAGCCAAGCCAUGCGCGCGCGUGCAGCAGAGAAGGCCAGUGCCAGCGGCGCCGGCAACGUGGAGAAAGCGCAGCCAAGCCUAGAGAGGGGCAGUGGAUUUGAGACAAAGCAUUCCAACCGCUUGCCUUUCGUUGUGAUUAGUCUCGCCUUUCUGGGUCUGGGCCUUUGGGCCUUCCUGGCGCUCCGCCUGCACGGCCUGAACGGCCUGGAGACGACGCCGGCAGCAGCUUCGGCGCCAUGGGAAAUCGACCCAGGUCAUCGUCGUCGUGAUCGCUUCAAAAAUCGCCAAGCGCAAGCAGCGCAAACGCAGGCACAGAAAAACGCCUCUGCACCGGCGGUCGUUGUGCAAACGCCAGGCCCCAGGACGUAUCCACGUCCCAGUCCGCAUCCAGCUAGCGCAGCGACGCCGACGAAGUCGACCGCGCCGCGGGCAGUGGCGCUGCCCAUGGCGUUGAUACCUAGACCACAAGUGCUGGAGGUCUUACAGCUCGAGAGCGACGUCUCGAAGCCUUUGGAGUGGUCACUUCAUUGGGUGGGAGCAGAGUUACCUUUGCUGGGGAGCGACGCCAGGUUUGCCUUGAACUCCCUGGAGUCCUUGUUGCACGUCACAGCCAAAGCUGGGAGGGGAACAAGUGGCCUGAAGGUGGUUGUUCGCCCCGGCGACCGUACGGGGGCAAGGCACGCGUGUCUGGAGUUGCUGAAACAGGAGCUACCGAGGUCGCACAAGGGCUACGAAGAACAUGUCAAGGAUUGCCACGCCUCGGAUUGGCACUUCGCCCUCUCCACGCCUUCCGGGCUCUGCGUCAGCAGCACCGAAGCUGCUGGGAUCUUCCGCUUUGCCAGCACCCUGCGGCAGAUGAUGCACCAAGGUGUGACGGCCUUCGCCAGCGAUUUGCCACACUUCAUCCUGGAGGACUGGCCGCGCUUUUGCUGGCGUGGCCUUCAGUUGGACGCAGUGAGGCACUUCAUGCCCGUCAGCUUCGUGAAGCGGUAUAUCGAGGAAAUGGCUGCGUACAAGGCGAAUUUCUUCCAUUGGCAUCUCACAGAUGAUCAGUCUUGGCGCUUGUUCCUCCGUAGCCGCCCGAAGCUGGUGAAGAGUUCCAUGGCCAGUCCUGAGAGCUACUCCGAAGACGACGUGCAACAGGUGGAGCCGCUGUACGAAAUCUCCACCCAGCAGGUCCUUUCCUUCGCCCGGGAACACUUCGUCACCGUGAUACCUGUGAUCGAGACGCCUGGCCACAUCCUGGCCGCGCUGGCGGCUUAUCCAGAGUUGGCCUGCAAAGGGAAGCAUUUCGAGAUGCCCAAGCAACGAGUGGGAACCUACACCGACAUCCUGUGCGUGGGCAAGGCGACCACCUUCGAGUUCGCCAAGGACGUCUUCACGGACGUGGCCAGGCUCUUUCCUUCCAGGUGGAUCCACGUGGGUGGCGAUGAGGUGAUCGUCGAGAAGUGGUGGAUGAGCGACCACGUGAGGGCCUUCGCUGGCAUGGCUGGGUUGCGGAACAUCCCUGUGGACAUGAUGGAAGUCUGGUUCUGCGCUGUUGGGAGGAUCUUGAAGGAGUUGGGCCGACAGCCGAUCAUGUGGGACGAUCAUUUCUCCCAGCGGUUGACCGCGACGAAGCUGUGUCCCAACGCACAUAAGGAUUGGGUCGUUCAAGCAUGGAAGAUGGACUAUCCAGUGGGAAAUACCACUGCCGUGGCAGAGGAUUUCCCCUUCGCAUCCAUCUCGUCUCCCAUGAAGAGCGUGUACUUGGAUUAUCCCGUGGCUUCUAUCGACUUCAAUCGUUCCACACAGCUGCUGCCCCUGACUGGGCCUAGAAUCUUAGGUGGUUGUGCAACCAUGUGGACUGAGGACAGCGAACCGAAGGAUGUCUUCACCAAAGUCUUUCCGCGCUUCAUGGCCAUCUCGGAACGUCUGUGGGGAGGCCUUCUGCAUGACCCCCGGCGCCUAGACUUGUCUCUGUGGUGGGCGGCGCAUCGGCACUGUGAGCGGUUCGCCGCCACUGCCGGUGAUGCGACGUCCUUUCGAAGCGUCACCUGCGGCCACUUCGAAGUGAAGACGGGUGCCAGGUCGCCGAUGUUCGCCCGAGCCAGGAUUAGCACCAGCUUGGACAACUUUGGAGAUGCCUUCCAAGUUGGACAAGCUUUUGAUGACGACCCAGAGACCUACUUUUGGGCCGUGAGUCCUCAGGCAGGCGACAUGAUAGAGGUGGCCUUCCUGGAGGCUCGAACUGAACUGAUGGCCUGUGAGGGGUCAACGGCCUGUUGGGCCGAAGGACGGCGGCGAAAAGCGUCGCUGGGCAAGUGGCUGAAAGAGUUGGUGGUGAAGACUGGAUCCAAGGAUCGACCUUCGGAUCAAUUGGAACAGGGGCAGCUGAAGGUGGCACAGUGGCUUCAGGCGGAUGGUACCUGGGCCCUAAAGUGGAGAUCCAUUUGUGCCUUCAAGGAUGGUGAGUGUCGCGGUGACCACGACACCUUGAUGAAGGGCCCCAUCGUCACCAUCCGGCUGAGUGUCAUGGCCACGCAAACGAAGUGGAUGGCCCUGCCCGAGUUCGAGGCGACCACGCUCCAGGAGCACCCGGAGCAUCCGACAGCGGAGGAAAUUGAGGACACUGCUCCAGGUUCCAAGAGCCACCUGUCCCAACUGGUGAGCAACGUUUGGGAGUCCUCGGCUGGCUCCGACACUGCAGCUGCCGCGCCUGUUGGAGACGCGCCGGAGUCCUCCACCUCCCCGCCCGAACGUCGCCGCAUGCCCAGCCACGCGCUGCGGCCGCCGCCGCACAACAUGACGCGCCGCGCGCCGCGCAACGUGACGCGCCGGCCGCAACCACGGCUCAACGAGACGACGAAGGAGCGGUUUUUUUCGGCUUUGGGAUGGCGUUGGAGAUGGGAUAUGAUAUAA